UUAUGAAAGUUAUGGAGAAGUAGAACUUGACAGUCUUUAUCUACAAGAUGGAGAUGGACGGCGGCAUUCCAGUGUUUGAUGGAGAAGGAUAUGAAAUAUGGAAAAAAAAGAUGAAAACAUUGUUUCUUUCUCUAGAAUUAUGGGAUCUUGUCCAACACGGAUACCAAGAAAAGGCAGGAGAGAAUAAUUUAGAGUGGCUGAGAGAGUUCGGAAAGAAAGACAACAAAGCUUUGUUCUUGAUCCAACAAGGAGUCUCCAAAAAUAUUUUUUCAGUUAUCAUGGAAGCAGAGAGUUCAAAAGAAGCUUGGGAUGCUAUUAGAAACAAAUUUGAUCAUCAUCAUUUUCAGAAACAACAAAUUGAGAUAGAGAUAGCGGAUAUAAAAAGAGGAAAUGAAAGGGAGAUCUUAACUAAAGAUCAAAUGGUGUCAAAAGUAACCGACAUAACACAGAAGAAAUGCAUCUUCAGGGUUCCAGAUGAAUUGCGUAAUGGAAACGAGGAAUUCUACGAGCCGAAGAUGGUCGCCAUCGGCCCAUACCACCGAGGAAAACCUUGCCUAACUUCCAUGGAGGGUCGCAAGAUGCUUUACCAGCAAGAAUUUCUCCAACGAACGGACAAAGAAAGCGUGGACAGCUUGGUCCAAGCCGUCAUGCAGCACGAACAUAGAGUAAGGAAAUGUUACGACAAGCCUCUAACGAACCUUAAUAGUGCUGAACUGGCCCAAAUAAUGGUGUUGGAUGGAUGUUUCUAUAUCGAGCUCUUUUGUAGGUACAGUCAGAGGAAGGUAGGUGACCUGAUCAAUGACUCAAUAAUUACUUCCAAAUUCAAGUUAAUUGCUUUGCAAAACGACAUGCUAUUAAUUGAGAACCAAAUUCCAUUUUUCAUCCUCGAAAUCUUGUUCGACAAGAUUUUUCCAACACCUCCUGAUAGUCUCAUCUUUAUUACCCUUCGUUUCUUUGGCAAAAAACUUAAGAGGUAUGGUCUUAUGAAUUACGCUUAUUGGAAGUUCUUACGUAUUGAUUUAAUAGAUACCAAAGACGUAAACCAUUUAUUGCACAUUACCCACAAGUUUGUAACAUACAAGUUUUCACCAGCUACUUCUCAACGAAAAACUCAAAUAAAUUCCUUUAUAAACCCGGCCACAAAGCUCCUAGAAGCCAAUGUUAAGUUGAAGACCAAUAGAUCGACAAGCAUGUUUGACAUAACUUUUAAGAAAGGAGAGUUAGAGAUACCAUCUUGGAAUAUAGAUAAUCAAUCUGAGCUUGAAUUCCGAAACUUAAUUGCUUUUGAGGUGUGUCAACAACUGCCCAAAGAGAGGUUCAUCAUUGAUUACGUGUUUUUCAUGGAUCAUCUCGUUGACUCAUCCGAUGACGUCAAUUUGCUUAUAAAUCGUGAAAUAUUUAUCAACCAAAUGAUAAAUGCCAACUCCGUAGAUACUAUGUUGGGAAAAUUAACGAGGAAAGUCGAACCUCCAAAUCCUUAUAAUUAUUAUAAAGUUACAGAAGAGUUGAAAAAGUAUUGUGAGCUCUCUUGGAACAAAUGGAUUGUAAACCUAAAGGAGAAACACUUCAAGAACCCGUGGACAAUCAUAUCUCUUAUUGCCGGUUUCGUGCUCCUUUGCUUGACUGCCAUACAAACUGUGUUCUCGAUUAAGAAAUAAGUCCCCAAGUAUUGUUUCUAACCUCCGUUAUUUUCAGUUUAAGGUUCAUUUGUUUGUAAUAUCAGUUUAAGGUUCAUUUACUUGUGAGUUAUUGUACCCAUUUGAUUAUUAAA